GGGAAUGAGAGGGGAGCGGCGAGAGGAGGAGGAGGGGGGGUCGGUGAGUCGGGUGACGCGCCAAGCACCGCGCUCGCGGCACUCCACGUCGCAGUCGGUGGACCUCGGAACGGCGGCACGGGACGGGGUGAGGUGCAGGAGGUGGAGUCACCGCGGCACAGCGGCACGGCUACUCGGGGAGACGCGGCAGAGGCGAGGAUGUCUGACGGGGGGGAGGAGGACGGACAGGCGGACGGGCGGAGGGAGGCGGGCGGCCGUGCCCGCUCCCCGGAGUGGCUGAGCCGCGGUUUGGAGCGCGGCGCGCCGCCGCUGCUGCUGCUCGACGUGCGCGCCCCGGAGGCGUUCCGCGAGGCGCGGGUGCGCGGCGCGCUCAGCCUCUGCGUGCCCCCGGGGCUCAUGCUGCGCCGCCUGCGCAAGGGCUCUCUGCCCGUGCGCUCGCUCAUCCCCGAGCAGCGACACAAGGACGCGUUCGCCCGCCGCUGCAAGAGCCACGCGGUGCUCCUGUACGGGGCGGACAGCGGCGACUGUGGCGAGGACGGUGGCGGCGGCUCCGUGCUGGCGCUCAUCCUGAGGCGCCUGCGUGAGGAGGGGUGCGAGGCGUCGUUCCUGCAGGGUGAGGGAGAAGCUAUCUCGCACCUCCGCGCACUCGCCCCAGGGAGGUUUGCCGACACGCGCGCUCGGCUCGCCUGGGAAGCAGGGUGAAACAACAAACACAACUCACCCCCCCCGUGACCGACGCGGCGUGAAGAGGCCCAUCAUCCAGCGGUGGAUAGACACGGUGCGGUGAUGCGUCGUUAAUAUACCGGUCCGUCAACUUGUCGAUGCGUCGUGAUGUUUAUCUGCCCAGCGUUGGGGUAUAUCCGCGAGUGUGACUGCAUUUGUCACAUGCCGGGGUGAACGGCGUCCCGUGAACCCGGGCGGUCCCUGAGUGCGACUGCGAGUACGCUGGGUGGUGACUAGCGCAGUCUGCUCGUCUCACGCUGCUUGUCAUCCGCGAGCAGCGUGGCUGUCUGGGCAACCCUCUCGGACUCAAACGUCAACAACAUCCGAGCACCCGUUCACCGAGGGCUGAGCGAUGGUGAAGCUCGUUCUACGAUCAGCGAAACACACCCCAGCGUGUCCUGAGCGUACCGCGCGUCAGAUUUCCCUCCGUCUUUCCAAAUAAUAUACGGGCCCUGUGUCAAUCCACUGCUGGAUGGAGGCUGUCCCCACACCGGGUCGGCCAUCAGGGUUAAUGGGGAGCGGUGGUGUAGCGGUUAGCGCUACGCUGCGCUAUGAACCCGGCGACCCGGGUUCGAUUCCCGUUCACGGCCAACACCGAUGACGAUUAUCUGAACCGGUCAUGGGCCUCCCCUAGGUCUCAAAUGAGUACCUGAUGCGUUGUGUAGUAAACAGCGCCACUCGGGAGACAAAGGCGGUCGGGCGGGGUGCUGGCCACCCACUCCCCUCGUGUGCCGUCCCGGCCUUCAUAGGUGCUCGCUAACAACACUUGCCCCAACAGUCUGUUAAGGCUACACGGGGGAUGUUUUGUCUUUUGGCCACACUUCACGGGGUGCAGGGCCAGUUCAGAUAUCGCUCGCCACUGCCGUUAGCCGUGGCUGAGUUCAGGGCGCUGUCGUGACAUCAUCGAUCGUUGUGGGAAAACGUCGUCGCCAAUGAAGACUUCGGGAAGUGGUGGGCGGGUUAUGAACGAAAGGCUGAAAACAUUCGACUCGUGUGUACUCGGGAUUUGCAAGGCGUACAGAUUGAUCCAAACUCCAAAUAUACAGUAGGUGUCAGGGUCGGGAUCGACCCCACGACGUUCUGCAUACCAGGCGAGGUAGUUAACAUCUCGCCGCCUUGGAUGGGCAUCACCUGGGGUGGGCACGUGUGGCAGAUACUCAAACACAGCAACGAACGGCACUCCGCACACAACCACUCGAUUGUCACUUCUUAAACAACCACAGUUGUACAUUGUUACAAUUUUGAGUGGUUAUAGUUGUACGGGACUGAGAUGGAAACGUUCACUCCUCUUUACCUGAAGCGACUUACAUCACAUCUCGUUUGACGGGGCAGCUGCCUUCCCUGUGCGGCACAAAGUGACUCGGCAGUCCGGCACGGGUCAGGCACGGGUCGAGGCACGGGUCAGCACGGGUCGAGGCACGGGUCAGCACGGGUCGAGGCACGGGUCGGGCACGGAGUCUGCCAGUAGGGGGCGAUGGUUGCCGUCGUGUAAUCCCCAUUGUGUAAUUUGUCCCGAGGCGAGCCGUGUUCGUUUGUGGGUUCGGCCCACGCAAGAAUACAACAUGUGGAGAGUCGCAUUGGCUAAGAGCAGCGACGCGUUGAGUGAACCAGAUCGUUCGACACUGCCCACUGCACGUGAAACACUCACGUCUAUUGCCAUCUACCACCCAUACACAAUUGGACCAAACAAGCCAUGUGACCACACAAUGGGAGUAUGUAAAUAGUUUGACUCUUCUAUUUUUGCGUUUGACGGCAAAAUGAUCUAAAUAGCAACGUCGAGGCAUUCUGGAGAGAGAGAGAGAGAGCUCCAGUAGGUUUGCUCUUCCCCCAUCUCUGAUGAAGGAAUGCAGACUACAGUGGUGUUACGCGACACGCUCCACAGUUUGAGUUGCAUGGCCACAAUCGCACCACUGUGGCUCUUGUCUUUAUUUCCCGUUCACAAACAAACAACAACAAAAGUGGUAGCGGCAUCGCCCUGCCGAUGAUCUUUAUUUUCGAUGCCGAACGCCAUAAAACCAAACGCGAUCCCCACCCACGGUUGGCCGGGUCUCGCCCGCGUCUUGCCGGCUCAGGGAGAAGCAACAGCUUGGCACCGAGGUCCCGUGCGGCCACCAACGCAGCAGCAGCCGCACACAACCCCAGCGCGCCCCCAACCCAAUCCCUGGCUCGUAAACAGCC